AUGCCAGAUCACACUUCAGCCUCUGGAGAAAGCGAUGUUGAGUUGAUGGCCAUCGUCGUUGACUCUCAGAACCAUGGUCAUUGUAACCAAUCUUCUAGAGUUUACACUUGUAUGGCUCCUGAAUCGCGAGACGUUUGGUCAACUUCCACAGAUGAGGUCGUUCACGGAGUCCGUUCAGUACGGCCAUCUCUGAGCGAGGGCGCGGCCUUCAAGUACCAUCAGGUUGUUGGUGUGAUGCCCAACGUAGAGUGGUGGCAGAAUUACGAUGGAUCGCGUGCGACAAAGAAAGGAGUCAUCCUUGCAGGGUGGUGCGAAAGAGAGAAUGACGACCCUCAAGCUAGGAAACGGUACACGUACUGGGUACGUUGCGAGCGUGAUGGGGCACGCCCAACGCAGCGUUGGUACGAGCAACACGAGCUAUUUACAUUGCCAGACAAAGUAUUCACCGGCAAGCUUUCACUGAAAAAGGCUCUAGCAUGA